AUGCUAUUUGUCUGGGAGCGGACGCCGAAUCUCAAAGCUAGUCCGUGGCUAGCCUGGUUGACGACGGCCUUUGUGCUGUGGCGUUGUCGAAGCCGCAUCGCCCGGACGGUCCUCGCGGUUUCACCGCUGAGAUUGCUGAGGAGGCGAGCCGCCGACCCGACGAUCAAUCAGAAGGUACAAUCCGCGAUGAUCCUGAAGCAGCGCAAACGGCACAGUCUCGCACACUUGCACAAGCACAAGACCAGCAGUAUACGACGCGCUAAGCGGCCACUCUGCACCGGUGACGGCCCGCACGUACCCAGCGCCGUGUCCGUGAUUCAGGCAGGACCUCAGAUCCACUACAGGGUCACUAGGAGCGGCAGGGUCUACGGGAAGUACGCGAACAAGGUCGCCAUCCGGAAUGGAAACGGCAUUCAAGAAAGCCAUUGACGCCGCAUUAGGAAUAUCGAGCUCUCAAGCGCCGUCCUCGUCUCCUGUAUGUGUGUGCUUGCUUGUGUGUGUGUAGGUGUGAGCGUAUAUAUGAAAGCGCCACGUGAACGUCGUGGUCGUCGUCGUCGUGUCGUCCACGUAAUUCCGUACCCUCUGAAACAAUGUAAAUAUAUAUACAAUGUAUUUAUGUCUCCCUUCCUCUUCUCCUGACACGAUACUGACUUCUUCCUUUCUUAUGUUUCCGUUUUUUUUAAAUCUCGCGCGCACUAUUCCUUAAGUUCCAGUUCUUUUAAAUUCCACCCAUCCGAGCCCGAGAAAAACACUCGCGACAGCUUCUUCCGCGUUUCCCUGGGGUCAAAUGGUCUCGUGCAAAUCUACUGUUUGACUCAAUAGGACUCGGGAGGUUUUGUUUUGGCAGUUCGAUGCUACACGCGCGUGAAUUGCAAACACAAACAUUGUACGACGUGCAGUUGUAUGUAUUUCGUGCAAUCGA